AUGAAACUCCGGUUGCAGAAUGACAGAAGAGCAGUGAAAGUGAGGGAGUCUCCUACUGUCAUGCAGCCUAAUUCCAACCAGGAACGCACUCAUACGACAAAUGGUUUAUCCCUUCCUCUGCAAGCAGAGCUUCCCACCAGGACGUCACCCUCCGGUGCAGCGGCAUCUGCCCACUCAGACGGUGAUGAGGUGCAUGUAUCCAUGAGCGGCGCGAUGGGCGAAUCCGCCGGGAGCACCUCGGCAAGGAGGUCCAGAGUCAACCCACGCGGCCACUCUCAUUCCCACGGACAUGCUCGCGGGCAGCGACAGCCCACUCCUGAGCCUCACUCGACGGACUCCGGGGACCCGGACUCUGGAGACCCGAGUGCCUCGCUGUCGGAGCUACGCUGCCUGUUUCGUUGGCUCCAAAAGAGUCUUCCUUUUCUUGUCAUAUUAAGCGCCAAACUGGUCAUCCAGCAUGCGCUAGGGCUUGCUGUUGGUGUUGGCCUCGUCACCACUUUUUUCUAUGUGAAUAAAAGCAUCCAAAUGCAAGUGUUUCUUCAGGGUCGACAUGUGAAGCUGCAAUUCGUAUUGCUGCUGCUGCUCCUGGUUUCCUCUACCCUUUUGCUUUACUACACCUUCCUCCCUCAGUCACUUUACAACUGCCUUGUGUUCCUCAGUCCAACUAUUGAGCCUCUGGGAUUCUGGGAAGUCCUGUGGGCAGUGGGCAUCACCAAUUUUAUCUUAAAAUUCCUCUUCAUGGGGAUCAAGUGCCUUCUCCUGCUGCUGCCUGCUUUGUUGGUCAACUAUAGAACACAGGGCCGCUGGUUGCUGCUGAGCGAGGAGUUAGGGCAGAUGUACCAGGCCGUGGCGCCCGCGCCGGUCUGGUUCCGAUACCUGGUCACCUAUCAGGAAGCCGACGGCGCCCCGGCGCUCACCGUGGGCGUUUUGCUGGCUCUGCUCUACCUCAUACUAAAGCUUUUAGAUUUGUACGGACAGGGGACGUCUUCACUGAAGACUAUCAGGAUCUUCUUAAAGAACGAGCACACAGGGACACCUGCUACUCGGAGCCAGUGUGCGGAGUCCGGAGACAUAUGUGCCAUCUGUCAGGGAGAGUACAGAGAGCCUCAAGCGCUCAUCUGUCAGCAUAUUUUCUGUGACGAGUGCAUCGCUCUGUGGUUUAACCGGGAGAAGAGCUGCCCCCUCUGCCGCACCGUCAUCACAGAAAAGGUGUACAAGUGGAGAGACGGAGCCACAUCCCCGCACCUGCAGAUUUACUAA